GUGUCGGAGUUCAGCGCAGUCUAUAGUCAGUGGUCAGCGGUGAUAGUUGAAACGAACAGAAGGAGGAUUUUUUAGAUUACCAGCAUGGCGCCUACGGUGGAAGAGUUUUAUCGCGGGAAGUCGAUCUUCCUCACUGGAGGAACUGGCUUCGUUGGCAAGGCGCUGAUUGAGAAACUUCUCCGGAGCCUGCCAGACCUCAAGGCACUGUACCUGCUGAUGAGGCAGAAGAAAGGACUCUCAGCUGAGGAGAGGCUCAAGGAUCUCUGCAGCAAGCAGGUCUUCGACAUGCUGCGUGAGAAGAAUCCAGAAGGGUUCAAGAAGCUUAGAAUAAUAAACGGUGACAUCACAGAAGAGGGUCUCGGUAUCUCAGAAGACGAUAAGAGACUACUGCGAGAAGAAUGUAACAUUAUAUUCCAUAGUGCAGCCUGUGUCAGAUUUGACCAAAAGCUGAAGGAUGCAGUCAACAUGAAUACAUCUGGAACUCUGAGAAUGUUGACCCUCGCUGAGAGUAUGCAAAACUUAGAGGUGUUCGUGCACCUCUCGACAGCUUACUGCCGCUGUGAUCUGGAGGUCUUGGAGGAGCGGGUAUACCGAGCAGUACACCCUCCGCGCAAGAUCAUGGAUCUGGUGCAGUGGAUGGAUGAUCCGACCCUGGAGUUUUUGGAGCCUAAGCUUAUAUCUUCAGAGCCAAACACAUACUCUUACACGAAAGCCAUCACGGAGGAUCUGGUGGAUGAAUACAGCGGGAAGUUCCCUGUCGCCAUCGCUAGACCUUCUAUAGUAACUGCUGUUUGGAAGGAGCCCAUACCAGGCUGGGUGGACAACCUGAACGGACCAACGGGAUUAGUUAUAGGUAGUGGUAAAGGAGUAAUCCGAACGAUGCAUUGUGAGCCAUCAUACAAAGCAGACGCCAUUUCAGUUGAUGUGGUAGCCAACGCUUGCAUUCUUAUCGGCUAUGUCACUGCCCUUGAUAAACCCAAAGAGACCCAGGUGUAUAACUUAACUCUUUCUGGAGUCAUCAACUUGACGUGGGCAGAAAUUAUUCAAUUAGGAGAGAAAUGGGUGAACGAGUUCCCGUACUCCGUGGCUCUCUGGUACCCUGGCGGCUCCAUCAAGUCGUACCGGCUGGCGCAUCAGCUCGACGUGUUUCUCAGUCACGUGGUGCCGGCAUACCUAGUGGAUGCUCUGCUGUUCUUGUUGGGGAAGAAGACUUUCAUGAUAAACCUCCAAAAACGAAUCAGCCAUGGCCUCAACGUUCUCCAAUAUUACACGACCAAAGAAUGGCACUUCAGAAACGACAAUUACAAGAGUCUUCGAACUCGGAUCACGUCACAAGAAAACGAUACAUUCUACACAGAUCCUUCACAGUUGGAUCCUGAUGAGUAUUUGAAGAAUUACGUGCUGGGGACUAGACAGUUUUGCUGUAAAGAGGAUCCUGCUAAUCUGCCGAGGGCUAGGAAGUUGCAUAAGAUCCGCUACAUAGCCGAUCGUUUCAUCAAGGCUCUCUUCAUAGUCCUGGUACUCUGGACGCUCUACAGCCACAGCCAGACCUUGACAUCCUCAGUGGAACUGCUGGACUCGACCCUGAAGAGUAUACCUCCCAUCAGUACUGCUGCUCAGGAGGCAUAUGAUAUACAACCUUAGUGUUAUGUGAUUAGAGUUCAUUUUCUGUUGGCGGAUAGACGGCGAAGAAUGCGCAGCGCAUUUUAGACUUUGUUUGCAUUGAAAUAGAAUCUAAAUUCAAUCAGUGAAACUGUCGCUUGUAACCUUAGGAUGCAUCUACACGGUGCAAGUAGCUUGAGCAUGUUGAGGCACAUGCGGAGGUUACAUGCAUUUUAUAAUCGUGCGGAUCCAGCGACUCGCGCAUGUACCAAAACAAAAUACCCGCCUGCGUGCUUUUGUCACUUGCGCAUGUUAACUUGCUCCAGCUACGUGCACCGUGUAGAACCACCCUUAUCUACGUAAAUAUAAUAUGAAUUUGACAUUAGCCCCAUAUAAAUUAUGUCAAAUAUUUGUAAUCGCAAAACAACCGACAGGAUGCCUAGGUUACUGAAAUCCAGUUACCUAAUUGAGUUUGGAUGUUAUUUCAAUGAAGAUAGCUAGGUUCAUAGCCCAAAGCGAAUUUGUGUUCAUGGAGUCACCAAAACUUACUUCUUUAAACCCAGUUUUUAACUAUAACGAUAACCAAACUAUAACCAGCCGUAUACUUGCCGCGCAUUGGUCACAUCGGCGAUUUGACAACUGAAAAUGGUUCGAUUUAUCGUUAUAGUUAAAUGAUGCGACCACCCAAAUUCUCUGUUACUCGUAGGCUUUUUAUUUUCGUGUGAUUCAUUCUAAAUGUUAAAUAAUGUUUACCUAAUUUAAUAUUUUUAUAAAUAACAAGUACUUAAUAGUUAUUUGUAAAAAAUAUACCUACCUAGUGUGAAUUGCUCAAGUUCGUAAUCAUAUUUUUUGUAAAAAAAAAAACUACUUGAACCAUAGAUAAACGAUAUUGACUAUUACAAUAAGGUAGAAGUUUAAUAAAAUAUUUUUUUAUAUAA